CCCCGGCGGCUCGUGCUCGCGCACGCAGGGUGGGGGGAGGGAGCGCACGACGUGCGCGCGCCCUCUCCCUCCUCCACCGCCGCUGCCUCCUUCUUCUGCCGCUCCUGGUGCUGCUUGUGUGCUGGUUUGGUGCGGACCUGGUACCUCUUUUGUGAAGCGGCAAGUGAGGAGACCCCGGCGUUCGCCAUGGCCGACGAAAAGCCCAAGGAAGGAGUCAAGACUGAGAACAACGACCAUAUUAAUCUGAAGGUGGCGGGUCAGGAUGGUUCGGUGGUGCAGUUUAAGAUUAAGAGGCAUACACCACUUAGUAAACUAAUGAAAGCCUAUUGUGAACGACAGGGAUUGUCAAUGAGGCAGAUCAGAUUCCGAUUUGACGGGCAGCCAAUCAAUGAAACAGAUACACCUGCACAGUUGGAAAUGGAGGAUGAAGAUACAAUUGAUGUGUUCCAGCAGCAGACAGGAGGUGUCUACUAAAAAGGGAGCCUGCUUCUUUACUCCAGAACUCUGUUCCUCCAGACCAAGAAGACAUUCUCAAUUAGAAAACCGCAAUUUGGUUCCACCACAUCCUGACUACUACAGUAUAGUUUUUCUCUAUUCUUUCAUUUUCCCCUUCCCCAUUCCUUUAUUGUACAUAAAGUAACUGGUGUAUGUGCACAAGCAUAUUGCAUUUUUUUAACUCAAUGGCCAAUGGUAUGUUUUGAUUGACAUCAAAUGGAGAUGGGAUGGGGAAAAUAUUGGUUCUGUGAAAAUACCCCCUUUCUCCAUUAGUGGCAUGCUCAUUCAGCUCUUAUCUUUAUAUUCCAGUAAGUUAUUUUGCUCUCAAUGUUUAACAAAAAGAACAACAUAAAAAUUCUUGCAUACCUUGUUUGAUUGGAGAAUCUUAAUGUUUUUCAUUUAUCAUUGUAAAACCAAGGACAAUUUUAUAACUUUUUUGUACGUAGCUGUUACAUGUAGGGCAAUCUGUCUUUAAGUAGGGGUAAAUUACUCUAAAAGAAAUGAAUCCUAGAUAGUUUUCCCUUCAAGUCAAGCGUCUUGUUGUUUAAAUAAACUUCUUGUUUAAAAUGAGCUGUUUUCUUUAUUCUGAGAGCUAUAAAAGUUGAAAGUUGUAGCUGGGCGGAGCGGGAGGGUGACAUGAAUAAACCUACAAUAUUUCAAGGGUGAAAUGAUACUAUUUUCCAUAUCUAGUGGACUGAGAAACAAAAAAGAAGAAUACUGACUGGUAACAUGUUUCAGCCUCAUUGUUCAAAAAGCUUUAGCAGUUCCAAAUACUCAGUUUCACUAGCAAAAGAAACUGGGUCAUAAUGUUAUGGAUCUACUGAAUUCUUACAUCUGUAAUGGUUACCUGAGGCAGAGUUCAUGUGACUAGAAAAAAGUCCCAAUUUUGCCAUUUUGCUUUUAAAUUAAUUCAACUGUUCUAGUCCUCACUUUGGUAAUAUUUGGCCUAGAGUUUAUGUUUCUUGUUUGUGGAUGCUAAGGGAAAAAAAUAAAAAUUGAUCAUUUAUGUGUUUA